AUGCGAGGACCUUUUGAGACUCUCUGCAUCUCGGAAAUUCUCGCAGUUAUCCUUGAUGGUUUGCAAGGCGACAAGAAGUCGUUAUACCACAUGUCCUGCUGUUGUCGUGCAUUUACAGAUCCUGCCCUCGAUGUCCUCUGGAGAUCUAUGCACUCCUUUGCGCCAUUCACUUCGUUGAUUCCACAAAGCGCGUCAUUUGCGAAUGACUCCCGGACGACAGACUGCGAUCUCCUAAAGUAUCGCCCAUCGAACGACUGGAAAACGUUCGACAAAUACGCUGCACGAGUAUGGAGUUUGUGCAUAGGAGAAUACGUCAAAAAUUGCGCAGACCUCGUAAAAAACCAGGAAUGUUAUACACGUCUCACAGUCAUUCGAGGACAGGAUGGAUGUCAUCCUUUCCCAAAAUUACGCAGUCUGUCCUAUAUCCUCUACGGGCCAAUUUCCCCGCAAGCGAAGCCAUUUCCCCCCUCCCUGCAAUCUCUCACUCUCGUGUGUCGCGACGCGCUUGAUUGUGACCCUAUUGAAUUGGUACUUGACCGCGCUGUCGCUGAAGCACCGCAUCUAAAGGAACUGCGCAUUAUUGGUCUCAUGCGGACAAUGCGAACGUUGCACUCAACACCCCAACUUCAUUUCGGGCAGAUCGAGAGCCUCGAUCUAAGCAAUGCUUAUAUUCGUGCCCCCGAGCUUGCAACUCUUUGCACGCUAUUGUCCCAGGUACCUAUCUCAGACCUCAAAAUCCACCUCCAAGAUCGCUUGAGCAUGAAUUGGCAAGCCAUUCCUCCGAUGUUCCCUGCAUUGAAGCAGUUGGAUGUUCGUGGAUCAAUGUCUUCCGUCACCCUCUUCAUAUCACGUCUUGCAGCAACAAACCUACAUACGCUGGUUUUUCAGCCAAACGGGUAUUAUCACGGUGUCGUGACCGUCUUUGAUUACCUCAUACCUAUCAUCGUUGAGAAGCUUGGAAAGUCGCUGAAAUCAUUUGAUCUUCAUAUCAAUGGACCUAGGCCUCGUGCCCAGGAUAGCGACCUUAUCAAGUGUAUUUUGCAGGGGCUUGAGCCUCUUGUGGAAGCAGGCUUGCAAUCACUGCGCCUGUUUUUGCAAGUAGGCUCCACAAUACCAGUGCAAUUCCCUCCGGAAGUGCAGUCCAUGCUUGAGCCCUCCGCUUGGCCUUCCUUAAAGCAAUUUCACUUUGCGACAAAGGAGUAA